UUGUUGACGUCUUCUUUGUUACCUCCACAUGACAGGUUAAUAGGUUUCUCUUCCAGUUGUUGGCAAUGUUUCCCAGCCCCAGCACGUCCACUCCCUUCUCUGUAAAGGAUAUAUUAAACUUGGAGCAGAGUCAUGACGUGAUGGUGUCUUCCCUGGACGUGUCUUCUCGCAUAGACUGCUGCACCGUACCGACCUCCUCCUCUUCUCCCUCUUCCUCCUGCAUGCUGGCCCGCCUGAAGCAGGAGCCUCUCCGGGACAUGUCGUCCGCCGCCCCGGCCGCCUCCUCGCUGUUUGGAGAAGACCUCCAAGAGUCCAGAACAGGCAGAGGCAAUGCACUCAACUUUGCGACUGCCUUUUAUGGGAAAUCACUCCUGGAGAUGGAUAUAGUUAAGGAUGGGAAGUCAGACGCGUUUGAGGGGAAACGUAGAAAAGAUGAGUUCAGCUCUCAGACCGAACCUGCGGAGGACAUAAAGAGCGAGGAUCCAGACCGACCCAAGCCCAGGAGACGCAGGAAGCCGCGGGUCCUCUUCUCCCAGGCGCAGGUGUACGAGCUGGAGCGCCGUUUCAAGCAGCAGAGAUACCUGUCCGCCCCGGAGAGAGACCACCUCGCUGGGGUGCUCAAACUCACCCCGACCCAGGUGAAGAUCUGGUUCCAGAACAGGAGGUACAAGUGCAAGCGGCAGAGGCAGGACCAGAGCCUGGAGAUGGUGUCUCUGCCGCCGCCCAGGAGGGUGUCGGUGCCGGUGCUGGUGCGGGACGGGAAGCCCUGUCUGGCGGCAGACACAGCCACCUACAACCCCUCCUACAGUGUGGGUCACAUCAACCAUUUCACUUACAACAACUAUCCAGCUUUCAGUAACUACACCAGCCCCGGCUGCAACACAAACUAUGCGUGUAAUUAUCCUGCAGCCACCAUGCAAACGAUGCAGGGAUCCUCCAACAACGGGAACUACAUGAACUUUGGGGUGGGGGACCUGAAUAAUGUCCAGAACACCUUUUCCUCCAGUAACGGGGUGUCUUCGUUACAUGGCAUUAGGACAUGGUAA